AAAAACCAGUGUGCUGUUUAGUUUUCUAGUGACGAUAUUUAAAACAUGAUGAUUCUAACUAGCAUGCUACUUCUCACUUUCGUGAGUCUUCUUUACUUCAAAAGCGCAGCUGGAUAUCUUUCACCAAGCCAUGUAGGAAUGUCUAGAGCAAUAUUUAGUGGAAUGAUGCCGCCAAUGAUGCCGCCAAUGAUGCCUGGAUCGGUGCCUGGGAUGCAAGGCGUCAAGCCUAAUGUUGUUCAGCCUGUUAAGCCAAAACAAAAGGUCGAUAUAAAAAUGGGGGAUCACUGCACUUUUGAAGGGCCAAUGGAGCUACUCCAGAUAAUGCAUGAAAAUGUACCCCACUUGAUGAAACAAACAAAAAAAUUUAAGUAUUAUUCUGUUUAUAUAGAAAUGAAAACAGGCCAUCAUUAUUUGUCAGAUAGUCUAGUAAAUCAAGGUGGACACGAAAGUGUGCAUCAUAUUGUAAAAAAAGCUACGACACAUUUAGAAGGCGCAGAUCGUGUAGCUACAAACUUCGAAAUUUUCAAUCCUAGUAAUCCUCCUGCAUUAAAUAAGCAAAAGUAUGUUCUAUGCGACGGUCUUAUUUAUGUAGCAAUUAAAAGAUCUACAGAUGUCUAUAGAGCUUAUCUAACUUCUGCAGGACGAAAAUCUUGAUGUUAGUGGAUAAAUAUUU